UAGAAUUCAGUAUUCGCAGGUCACCCUCACUACCAGCAUAGUCCAGUACAUCAUAGUGAGCUCUGACAUCCUUACUUAACUUACUUUCUAUUAGGUACAAUAAAGAGCACAAUAACAUAUGUAUAUUCCACAACGCAUAAUGUGAUUUAGUUAUGAUGAUGAUAUAUGUAGUUAUUUGUGCAACAAGAGAGGAAAGUUAGUUUUUCUUGCGAGUGUUGAUUUUGAGUCCCGAGUAAGCGAAAGAUUGUAUAAUUGAAUCACGAGCGAAGCGAGUACAACGUUUAAAAUAACGUCACGAGCGAAGCGAGUGAUUCUAAGUUAGAAUCUUGAGCGUAGCGAGGGACUCAAAAACACGAGAUGUAAAAUAACUUUGCUCUCGUGUGGCACAUACAACUUUUCACUUCAGUAGUGUGAACAUUUUAAAAGUUUAAAAAAAUUCAACAUCAAGUAAAGUUUUUAUUCCUGUAUUCAUGGCCGUAAAAAGCUACUUUGCCUCACUCCCUGGAGUGACGGAAGUAGGUUUGUUCGAGCUGCCGAGGUGAAAAAUGGAUUUACGUUUAAAAUAUUGUUCUAAUUGUGUUUCUCAUUGUGUAUGCUGUUGACGCCAGAGCAGUGCAAUGGGCAGAGAAAUUACAAGGACAUACUAAGCCCUAAGGGCAUAUAAAGGAAACUAGGUAUUAGAAUAAAAGAAUCCUGGCACACGAGAGGGCGAGACACUCCAUCCUACUCAUGCUCCUGCCCAUGCCGCUUGGUAGAUAAACAGUAACCGUUGAAAUUAUAUGUUUUUGUUUUAACAUAAGUCCGUAAUUCUGUAUAAAUAUUCAUAAUCACUUAGGCCAUAAGCUAAGUAUCAUAAUAUUAUGCCAUAACGCCGCCAUCUUCAUUUUGCAAUCUCUGUCCCACACUCGACAACCCUUGUACAAAAUAUAUGAGUAUACAAUAAAAUAGUUUGAUCCCUAUUCAAAGUGCAUAAAGCUUAAUAUCAUAUAUACCGGCUGCAUAAUAUAAAAUUUCUGUCAUCAGUGCAAAUCACUCAAAAGUUAACAGUUGAGUUCUUAUUUCAAGAGUAUUAGGUUGAUUUUAGAACGGACGUGGCCAGUCAAGAAGUAUGAUCGAGAGUGAAAGCUCAAAUCUUCACACAACGUUUCGUGCAACGGGACCCGACACACAACAUGGGAGCCAAUCAGAGCGAGAUCGCGGCCGGCAAGUCUGACUCCGGCAAGGGAGACAUAGUCAAUAGGAUUAAGGCCAGACUCGCGUCGGUGGAUAAAAGCAAGGCGCAGGCGCUGGGUGGAGUGUUCUUGUUCAACAUUAUUAAGGGCACCAGUGUAUAUAGCUGGACUCUGGACCUCAACAACGUGUCAGUCUACGAAGGCGAGCCCGAGGACGACCCUGACUCCACCUUUACCCUCACAGAAGCCAACUUCAAGACUCUGGUCUUGGGCAAAGAGGACGCGCGCCACGUUGUUCAGUCCGGUCGGUGCUCUGUCACCGGCGAUGUCAUGCGGGCGAUGCAACUUGAACCGUAUAUUAAGUUAGAAUAGAGCACUUUUUGACACGUACAAAACCUAUAGUAAAUUGAGAAAGAAAGUUCAGUGCUCGAUCGAUCACUGGCAAAGACAAGCGCGAUGCAAAUUCAUCAUAACGUUUAACUAAAUAAAACUUUUAGGAUGUGCAAAACAGGGGGUCUACCGCGAAAACCGAAAUUCGCAAAAUGCGACGAUCUUUCUCUCUACGUCUUAGUGAGAGUAAAAGCCCCGCAAUUUGCGAAUUACGGUUUUCGCGUCAGGCGCCCAGCUCUUUUGCCAACGUCAUGCGAGCAAUGCAACAUGAAUUUUAACUAAAUCUUUAACAGCUAAGACCACUUUUUGAAAAGCACACCACACAUCAAUAGCAAAGCAAGAAACUACGCUUAUUGUGUUGGUCUAAAUUAAAAAGAAGUUAAAAGCAGAGAAUGUGAAAUAACGAUCUAAAUGUACGAUAAAAAAAUAAGCAGCCUAUCUUAUCACAAAACUUUUUUUAUUCGGCUGUCAGCAAUGACCAGUAUAUUUUAAGGUCUAUAUUGUGGUGAAAACUAUAAAUAAUCAAAGAUCACUUGCACUGGUUAUAAUGGUCAUAUUGGUCACUACACCAGCGGUCACUAAGCCAGUUAUUGUUAUUAUAAAAAGUGAAAGUGAUAAGUGGUCUUAUUUCACACAAUGAGAAAAUGAUUUCCUCAAACUGUAAGUAAUCAUUAUUACGUGUUAGAUCACAGAUCUGAUUACAAUAAUUAGGUGCACAGUAAUCAUGAUAUGAUAUGAUACACUGAAGACGUUAGAAAUAAGAACAUAUGUACCUAACUUAAUUUAUCAAGAUAAAUAUGUCCUUUUUCUUCUGAGGUUAGCAUAACAUGACAUAUUUUAUGUAUUGUUUUUUUAACUUAAUUUGAACAAUUGUUGUAAUUCACCAUUGUUAUGUUAUUUUAAGUUAGUUAGGUAAUUUAAUAAACAUAUUUUUAAGAAAGUGUUCCUUAAUCCACAGUAUUUUCACCAACCUCUUUGAACACUUACAACUGAAGUUUUGUUUUAGUUGAAAUAUUUUUUAAAUUGCAGUAAUUAUGUUUUUGGUGAUACCUAUUCAAAGGGAACUUAUUUAUUUAAUUUACUUUAAAGAAACAUCACUAAUAUAUUCAAUAAAGUUGAUUUCUCGGUCAGAAUUCAAUUAGCUAAUUUAAAAAAAUAUACAAAUAGAAAAAAAAGUGGAAAAAUUACUGCUUUGGGUGAGACUUGAACUCACGGCCUCUGGAUCAAUACUCCAGCGUUCUACCAACUGAGUCACCAAGACCUCAUUCACACAUUCGCAGAUAUUUCUUCUUGUUUAAAAUUGAUAAGUAGAAAACAAAAUAUCUCACCGGGGUGGAACAGCAACACAGGUUGAAAUUAAUAUCUAAGUACAGUCAAGUGUAAAAAUAUGUGUGUACACAUCUAACUCAAAAAUAUGUUCCAUAGCAUCUUAUUCCAGUGUAAUAAGAGUGUAGUACCAUAUUUAUGAGACGAUUCUUUCGAUACAUAUUUUUGCACUUCACUGUACUAACUGUACUCCUAAUGCAAGCAUUACAUUCAGUCAAAAUUUAUCUUUAAUGGUCCACCAGCUAACCACUCCAAAGC